AUGGCGCCUUCCAAGGACGAGCUCAACAAGAUCGCCCACGAUGCCGAGCGCGACCUGAACUCAUACCAGGCCAAGCAAGGUCUCAACAAUGUUUCAGUAGAUGAUGCUGGUGUCGACAGCAUUGUCGAGAAGAAGUUCCCAGGUGCUCAAGUAAAAUCCGGUGACGAGAUCAGCACCAAUGCCGGUUACAACAAGAGGAUACCUCCUGAGGAGGGCGGCGAUCUGGACGAUCGUGGAAGACAAACACUGGGCCAGCACUUCGAGGGCACUGGAGGCCCAGAGGAUAAACUAGCCCAAGCUCAAGAGGACCGCGGUGGCGACAACGACAACGACGUCAUCCCAAAGAAACCCCUUGGAAAGUAG